CCACUGCAGUGAGUCCAUCAGCUGUUUACUUAAUUUCAAAACUAAAUCUAAACAAAGUAAAUAAUCGAAAAUGACCACUUUUAAGCCAAAGUUCUUAAAACCCGAGACGGACGAUGCAAUCACAGAUAGUGCUGGUGGUGAACAGCAGUCCUCUGCCUUUGUAUUCAAUGUCAAUCACAAUAUGGGACUCAUGGAGCAGAGGGAGCGCUUGCCCAUACGCCAGUACCGGGAUCAAAUACUAUACUGCUUGGAAAAGCAUCAGGUGGUCAUCCUAGUGGGUGAAACAGGCAGUGGCAAGAGCACCCAGGUGCCACAGUACUUGUAUGAAUGGGGUUGGCACACCAAGGGACUCAUAGGCAUCACCGAACCACGACGCGUUUCCACCGUUACGCUGGCUAAUCGCGUGGCACAGGAACGCGGUGAACUGGUAGGUGACACGGUGGGCUUUGUAGUCCGCUUCAUGGAAAGCAUGAGCGCGGUGACCAAAAUCAAGUUCAUGACCGAGGGCAUCUUGCUGAGGGAAGUGCUAGCCGAUCCGCUGCUCACCCAAUAUGGUGUUAUCAUCGUGGACGAGGCGCACGAGCGGAAUAUGCUCACCGACAUGGUUUUGGGACUGCUCAAGAAGAUCCUUCGCAAACGCAGCUCGCUCAAGCUCAUCAUUUCAUCGGCCACCAUAGAUGCAAGCUUCUUCAGCGAGUUCUUCAGCUGGCCAGGAUCGGGCGAAGUGAGCGUUAAGCUAAGCAUUGAAGGUCGCAUGCAUCCUGUGAGUAAUUUUUAUCUGAACGAACCCUGCGCCGAUUAUGUGAAGGAAACUGUGGAGACCGUCUGGAAACUCCAUCAAAAAGAGCCGCCUGGCGACAUUUUAGCCUUCCUAACUGGCCAGGAGGAAGUCCUGGAGGCGCUGGAUCUCCUGCGCGAAUACAUCGCCAGUUCGGAGCAGGAGAAUCUCAAGGUGCUGCCCAUGUAUGGUAGUAUGUCGAGCACCGAUCAGUUGGCGGUAUUCUUUACCCCACCAAAAGGAUCACGCAAAGUGGUGCUGGCCACGAACAUAGCAGAGACCUCCAUCACCAUUCCGGGCAUCGUUUAUGUGAUAGACUGCGGCUACGUAAAGGUGAAGUGGUACAAUCCCAAAACCUGCAGCGACAGUUUGGUGAUAGUGCCCGUCAGCAAGGCGUCGGCCAUCCAGAGAGCAGGACGAGCGGGUCGCAUGCGUCCCGGCAAGGUAUAUCGUUUGUACACUAAAUCAGACUAUGAUGCACUAGCUCCUCGACAGCCACCCGAAAUGCGACGCAGCGAAUUGAGCGGCACUAUCUUGCAGCUAAAAGCGCUGGGCAUCGGAAACAUACUGCGCUUUGAUUUCCCAUCGCCACCACCGGCGCAGAAUCUACUUUCCGCAUUGGAGGGUCUAUUUGCCUUGGACGCCAUCGAUGAGAAGGGCAAUCUGACGAAGCCCGUGGGUUACCUGCUGGCCGAACUCCCCUUCACCGCUAUGCUCUCCAAAAUGCUCUAUGUUUCCGGUCAGAUGGGCUGCUCCGAGGAGAUCAUAACCAUCAUUGCGUUGCUGCAGGUGCAGUCUAUAUUUUCGCGCCCAGCUUCAGCGGUUGCCCAACAAAGUGGACGCAUGGCACAUCGGCACUUCGAAGUUGCGGAAGGGGACUUCAUUACGAUGUUGAACGUUUACACUGGCUUCGUGGAGGAGGGCAUGACCAAGGAGUUCUGUGGCCAAUACUUUCUCAUCUACAGGAAUCUUAAGAGGGCCCACCAGCUGAGGGAGCAGCUCAUCACAUUGGCCAGAAAGAAGUACGGCAUUCCAAUCUUCUCGUGCAAGGGCGAUGUGGAAACGUUGUGCAAGUGCAUCACCGCCGGCUUCUUCACACAGGUGGCCUAUCUGCAUCACUCCGGAGUCUAUCGACAAAUCAGCAGCGGCACUGAACUGGCCAUUCAUCCGAACUCCACUCUCUACACACUUCCUCAAGCGCAGUACGUGGUCUAUGGGGAACUGCUCCAAACGACGAAAUUGUUCAUGAACUACGUGACCGUUAUCAAGAGAGAGUGGCUGACGGAGCUGGCGCCGCAUUACUACCAACAGACCACAGUGCGGGAUUAGCAAGAACUAAAGCCUUAAGGAUAGAUGGGAAACGAACAAGAACUUAAGUUUAGGUAAUGGAUUCCAUGAUGACUCCCAUUGGGAGUUUAACCAGCGGCGACGCGCCCGCGUCCCUGGAACAUCAUCAUAGACUCGGGUCCACGAAUGACGCGCGACAUCAGCUCCCAGCACAUUUUGGCGGGCAAAAGACUGAGAAAACCAGGAUUAAUUACAUUGUAUAUAACUAUGCUAUUUGGACUACUUACCAUUUGAGUGGAGUGAGCAGGCGAAUAGAGUUGGGCAGCACGCACCACACCUCGUUGCAGCGCACGGCGUUCUCGAUGCGAUCCGCCACAUACUGCGGCUCCAGCAUGGGCAUCAUCCGCGGUCGAACACCCGAAAACAUGCCCGUGUUGAUAUAGUACGGGCAGAUCAAACUCAUCUGGAUUUGAUCAUAGCCAUGGGCCUUCAGAUCAGUGAGCAAACUCUCGUGGAAACCGAUGCAGGCGUACUUGGUGGCCGCGUAAUCACUGCAUCCGUAGGUGCCCAGCAUUCCAGUUACCGAGCCCACGGUCACGAUAUGACCCCGAUUAUUACGCAUCAUGUGCGGCAGGAACGCUUUCACGGUCCAGUAGUGCGAUAUGAUGUUGAUGUUGUACGUGUUCUGGAUGACGCGAUCGUGCAGCUCCCAGAAGGGCUUGCAGCACACGAUUCCGGCAUUGUUAAUCAGUAUAUCGACGGGACCAACCUCCUCGUUGACCUGGCUGGCACGCUGGUAGAUCUGCUCCCGAUCUGAGAUGUCCACAACGUAGCCCUUGCAGUUGUCAUAACCAUGUUUGGCCAACAAAUCCACAGCUGUCUUUAUGGCUGCGCGGAAAAUUAUGAUCAAAUAUGGUUUAGCUAAUCAAUUUGUAAAUGUAACAGCUUUCACUAGCCGUCGGGUUUUUUGACCCGCCUGGCAGAAGCUGUGACGGCGUCAUUAGCACCUAGGUGCGAUUUUACCUUCUUGAUUUAUAUCCCAGAUGACAAUGCGGGCCUGAAGGCGGGCAAAGUUUAGAGCAAUCAAACGUCCAACGCCGCCGCCUCCUCCUGUGAUGAGCACCACCUGGCCGGAGAUGUCCUGUUAGGGUUAUAAAGUAUAUUAUAAAUUAAUAAUUGUUAUAUAUAUAUCUACAUCUAUAAGCAAACUCAUUUAGCAUACGAAAAAGGUGCGACAGACUUGUAAUAAAAUGACUUGGGCAUUUUGCAUAA